AUGAACCACUAUGCCAAUAAGAAGAGUGCAGCAGAGAGCAUGCUGGACGUAGCCCUGCUCAUGGCCAACGCUUCCCAGCUGAAGGCUGUCCUGGAGCAGGGGCCAGACUUCUCCUUGUACACUCCCCUCAUCACUCUCAUCAGCAUCUCCCUCAGCCUGCAGGUCACUGUGGGGGUCCUCCUCAUCUUCAUCGUGCGGUGGAACCUGAAUGACCAGAGUAAACACUUCAGGCUGAAUGUAAUGGAGAACCUGGCCACAGGCCUCGUCUUCGUCAUCGUAGUAGUCAACGUCUUCAUCACUGCCUUUGGAGUACAGAAACCCAAUCAGAAAGCCUGACCAGGACACAGAAACGCAUCACCACCC